AAAAAAAAAACUAUAACCCUAACUCGAUCCAGUUCACUUCCGCUUCCAUCCACGCGAUCCGAGCUUUCCCUCUCCUUCGAGAUGGCGGCCAUGCGGAACGCUGUCCUCAGACACCUCCGGGUGAAAGUGGGUUAUCCUUUUCCGGCACCGGCGGGGACCGUCUCCUUCGCGGAUAUCCUUCGCCGCUACUUCUCUCAAGACGCCACGGCCUCAUUCCUUGAUAAGUCAGAGGUUCUCGAUCGAGUCAUAACCGUGGUCAAGAGCUUCCAAAAGGUCGAUCCCUCCAAGGUCACUCCAACUGCUCAUUUUCAAAAGGAUCUAGAGCUGGACAGUUUGGACACUGUUGAGGUUGUGAUGGCUUUUGAAGAAGAAUUCGGUUUUGAGAUUCCUGAUAACGAAGCAGAUAAGAUUGACUCGAUUAAAGCAGCUGUGGAUUUCAUUGCUUCCCAUCCCCAAGCAAAAUGAGAUUUUUGAUAGUGCGGAAUGUUAAUAUGAACUGUUUUUUUCCUGUUAAACCUGUUGCAACUGGCAAGGCUUGACCUUUUGCCACCAGAAGAUGGAAUGAUUUGGUAAUUUCAGCCACAUUGGACGUCUGUGUAAUCGUACAAACUAAACUCAGAGCCUAGCUUGGAACUUGUUGCUCAGUCCACUACAGUUCCAAAUAGUCUCUUGAGUUUGGUAUAAAUUCUCUUAUCUGCAUUCACUAAUGGUAGCUUCUGAUUUGUUAUCUUAGUAA